ACCCCACGAGCCAUUCACACUUUCAACUUUAUCAUAGUCCCCUAGAAGAAAGAAACUAUAGAUUAUAAUCUCUCAUUAUCUCACACUCUCUGCAUUUUACUACUUCUUCUUCAAAUCAAUCAUUCCUAUUGCUUAGUUGCUUUUGCUCCUAAAACCACCACAACAUGGCUCUCGAAACUUUCCUAAUAAAACUCAAAAACGCUAUUUCAUCCAAACCCUCUUCUCGGUCUCGACCCCUUCGAUCAUCUCCUCCGAUCACAACUACCACCACCACUUCCUCCGUUGGAGUUUUAUCGUUCGAGGUGGCACGUGUCAUGACCAAAACCCUUCACCUCACUCACUCUCUCACCGACGCUAAUCUCCUCAGUCUCCGAGACCACUCUCUCUCCUUAGAGGGUCUCACCAAAAUCGUCACCGGAGAUGAAAUAUUCCACCUCAGCCUCGUUUGUGCUGAGCUCGCAGAUAGUCUCGCCCACGCAGCUAACUCUGUUUCAAGGCUGAGCCACCGCUGCACCACUUCAAGCCUCCGCUCAUUCCACCGCUUAUUCCAUGAGUUCGCUGACAUAGGUCGUGACCCUCAUAACUGGGUCAUGAGUUGUAAAGACACAGAAGCUAAGAACAAGAAAAUCGAAAGAUACGUGAGUGUGACGACAGCUUUGUAUAGAGAGAUGGAAGAGAUGACGACAUUAGAGAACUCUCUGAGAAAACAAAGUUUACAGAUUGGGAUCGAAUUCACAGAAGAAGAAGACGACUACGAGAACAAGAAAGAUGUGAUGAAAGUGAUUGAUCUACAGAACAAGAUUGAGAGACAGAAACAACAUGUCAAGUAUCUAAAAGAUCGAUCUCUCUGGAACAAAAGCUUCGACACGGUCGUGUUGAUUCUCGCAAGAUCGGUAUUCACAGCACUCGCUAGACUCAAAUCCGUCUUCUCGUCAGCCGCAGCCACUAGCUACAUGGGUGGGACGGUCGUGUCUUCUCUCCCUCGUUCUCUCUCUUCUUCUUCUUCUUCUAUGAACCUUGUUCACCCGAGCCCAAACGACGAGGAGAGAGACAAAACGGCGUCGUCCUCAGCGUUUCUUGAAGAAAGCUCAAGACUUUUGAAACCACCGGAGACAACUCUCGGCGGAGCUGGUGUGGCGCUUCACUACGCGAAUCUGAUCGUCGUGAUGGAGAAGAUGAUAAAGCAACCUCAGCUUGUAGGUCUUGACGCGAGAGACGAUCUGUAUUCAAUGUUGCCGGCUAGCGUGAGAUCGUCGCUAAGGUCGAGGCUAAAAGGAGUUGGUUUCACGGCGACGGACGGUGGUUUAGCGACGGAGUGGAAGGCGGCAUUAGGUCGGAUCUUACGGUGGUUGUUACCGUUGGCGCAGAAUAUGAUUAGGUGGCAGAGUGAGAGAAGCUUCGAGCAGCAACACAUGGCGACAUCAGCAAAUAGCCAGAACAGAGUGAUGUUAGUUCAGACGCUUGUGUUUGCAGAUAAAGUUAAGACAGAAGCAGCCAUAACAGAGCUUCUUGUUGGGUUGAACUACAUCUGGAGAUUUGAAAGAGAGAUGACUGCAAAAGCUCUGUUCAAUCUACAGUCUCCUCUUACUCAUAAUCACAGCUAAUUUUACUGUAGAGUUUUGUCCUUUUUUGUUUUGGUCUUGUGUUUGGUGGGUUGGUUUUUAUUAUUUUUCUUGGGGUUUAGUUUGAUAAUACAAAUUAUGAUAAUGAUAAAAAGUGAUUUGGGUGGGGUUAAUUUUCUUGACUCGAGAGAGAAAGCUAUAUAUAAGAAAGAUGAUGUGAUGAGUGUAAAACAAUGUAUAUAUUGGAAUGAAUUUGAGUGAUUGUUU